AGUCUGUUGUAUGAUAAUGGUAAAUGAUGAUAAAUAGGAUAAAAUACCAUUUGACCUGCAAACAGAAGCGAGUGAAUUUAUUUCAAACAAUGAAGUUUAGGAAAUUUUGAUAAAUGUACUUUGUUUCGAUUAUUAUUCCAUGCGAUUUAUCCAAAAUCAUAAAUUGAUUCGAUAAUAGCUGUGCUUUGCAAAAACAUAAUUUAACGUUUCUAAACAAAAGUGAACCCAACACUUUGGUCAAUAAAUAUUAUCCCUCCCUGAGCUGCAAUUAACACGCCCGGAACGAACGAUCCAAAACUCUCGUCUAAGCAAAUCGUUCGACCCAAAACAAACCGGAUCCCGGAGUGAAGCAUAUUGUGCUGACGAGCGUUUCAUUAUUUUCCGCUGUAAAUGCCACACUAUUUCGGAAAACCGUUCAACUUUCCCGGCCAAAAACUAACGAGACGCUUAAUUUAUGCUCAUGAAUAUUAAACCGAUCAAUUUCCCCCAAACCGGGUUUGCCUAUUGCUAGACUGUAGUAGUAACUGUUUGCUAACUUAGUCGGUGGUUGAUGCCUGAUCAGCUGGAAACUAAAUCAAACUGUGUGUUCAGUCAACUCAAACCAACUCGUGCUCGACAGGAAGUCUCCGCCCGUUGGACUGAUGAGUGAUCCAUCUGAAAGUUAAACGACUAAACGAUUGCUUCCGUAAGGGAUAUCGUCGGAAUGAUGCGUUAACAAUCAACACGUUGGCAAAUCCCAUAAGGAUGCGUUCCCAAAAACCGAACCUUUCCAUGUGCCAGACAAACAUGUGAAAGAUUAAGAUAACACUCCCUGGGUAUGAAUUUAAAGGACAUAAGAAUUUCAAUUUUAUCGCAAAAUAAUGUGUUGAGCGAAUUAGAAUGUGCAACGAUAAUUACAGUACGUUUGAAUACAGAAUUUGAAUAUAAUUUUUUGAAACAAACGAACUCUGAAAGUGAUCUAAAACUAAUUGCAUUAAAAAAAAACCGUUGGUGGGUGACAGCUCGUGAGUGAGUUGUGUCUAGUGAGCAACUGAUAUCUCACUUAAUGUCAUCUCGUCUCACUCGCAGCAUUGGUAUCGUUUUCCGUGAAGUUACCAGUGCGGCGUGUGGUUUGUUGCGGAGUUUCAAUCCACUUUUAUUCUUAAUUAAGUGCUGACAGUAAAAACAGUUUGUGCAUCUUGAUCGGCUACGCAAAACUAUCGAAGAAAGAGCGAGCAUACCCGCGUCGUUUGACGAUAAAGACAACUAUACCCGGUACAAACAUGAUUCGUGGCAAGCGGGAAACGAAGGAAAGCGAGAAGAGUUUUAAAAUAUCACCUAAUCAAUAUUUUAUGCUGCGAAGUAUUGAGAUUAGUGAGUUGAAAAGACGCCCGGAAACAGAUCCGUACCCGCACAAGUUCUUGGUGACAAUUUCGAUUGGUGAUUUCAUCGAAAAAUAUAAUAAUCUCCGAUCUGGAACUUUGGUGCAUGAUGUUAACGUUCAGAUGGCCGGUCGAAUACAUGCCAUUCGUGAAUCAAGCGCACAUCUCAUCUUUUUAGACAUUAAGGGAGAAGGGAUGCUGCUCCAGGUUUUGGCCAAUGCAAAGUUGUUUCAUAGCGAACAGCAGUUUAUCGAUGAAACUUCAGUAUUGCGACGUGGUGACAUUAUUGGAAUCACAGGUGCUCCUGGUAAAUCGAAAACGGGAACUAUUUCGAUUAUGGCCAAGCAAAUAAAGCUGCUGGCACCGUGUCUCCACAUGCUGCCGCACCAGCAUUACGGUCUGAAGAAUAAGGAGACCCGAUUCCGCCAACGCUAUCUCGAUCUGAUGAUAAACAACAACGUGCGUUCCAUUUUCGUGACACGGGCUAAGAUCAUUAGCUUCAUACGGCGAUUUCUCGACGAUCGCGGGUUUCUGGAGGUGGAAACGCCCAUGAUGAAUAUGAUUGCCAGUGGUGCUGCGGCCACACCGUUCGCCACGCACCAUAACGAUCUCAAGAUGGAUCUCUUUCUUCGCAUAGCUCCGGAGCUGCACUUGAAAAUGUUGACCGUUGGAGGAUUCGAUCGUGUCUACGAAAUAGGGCGACAGUUUCGCAACGAAGGCAUGGAUCCGACGCACAAUCCCGAGUUUACGACAUGCGAGUUCUACAUGGCGUACGCAGAUUAUAACGAUAUCAUGGAAAUUACGGAAACACUCUUGUCCAGUAUGGUACACGCUAUUCAUGGUUCCUUCAAAAUAAAGUACCACCCGCAGGAUUGCCAAGGAGCUGAGGUCGAGAUAGAUUUUACGCCACCGUUCAAGCGCAUCUCUAUGAUAAGUUCGCUGGAAGCAGAAUUGGGUGUUGAAUUCCCACCCGCCAAUCAACUGGACACACCGGAAGCAGGCAAAUUUUUGGAUGACUUAUGUAUUCAACAUAGCGUCGAAUGCGAAUCGCCGCGUACAGCUUCCCGUUUGUUGGAUAAACUAGUUGGAAAGAUGCUGGAAGCAAACUGUCACAAUCCCACGUUUCUUUGUGACCAUCCACAAAUGAUGAGCCCGCUGGCAAAGUCCCACCGCACUCAGCCGGGCUUGACGGAACGCUUUGAAUUGUUUGUCAUGGGGAAAGAAAUCUGCAACGCGUACACCGAGCUGAACGAUCCGGCUGUACAGCGACAGCAGUUUGCGCAACAGGCCGCCAACCGAGCGGCCGGAGAUGACGAAGCACAGCUGGUGGACGAGAACUUCUGUACCGCGCUGGAGUAUGGUUUACCACCGACCGGCGGAUGGGGUAUGGGCAUCGAUCGACUGGCAAUGUUGCUGACAGACACUAACAACAUCAAGGAGGUGUUACUGUUUCCGGCAAUGAAGCCGGAUACUACAAUCCGUGAGCAAAAGAUCACAUCACCGCCAAACACAACUGGCGAAUAAAACUGUUAGAAUUUCCUCA